AUGUCAACAAUAUCGCCUUUAUCAAACUCUAUAGAUACCGAUUCGACGGAGGAGACAAAGUCCAGUCCUGUCCCGUCACAUACAUCAGACGAGGGCUAUGCCGAGGCCAUCGCUGCCACCAAGAGGGAAAUAGAGAGCCUCAAGGUGAAACUGCGAAACACAAAGGAAGAAUUGGCCGAUGCUUUUUUGGACGAGGUUUCCGAUCAGAUGGGUAUCCAGCCGCUCCCCCAAACAGGCUACAAGGUCCGAAAGACCCUAAAGGGCCAUUCCUCAAAAAUAUAUGCAAUGUACUGGUCACCAUCACAGCCAUACAUUGUUUCUGCAGGCCAAGAUGGAAAGCUCAUCAUUUGGAACGGCAUCUCGGGAAACAAGAUGCUUGCAAUUCCGCUCCGCUCCCCUUGGGUCAUGACUUGCGCCUUUUCGCAGUCUGGGAAGAUGAUAGCCUCUGGAGGUCUUGACAAUAGAGUUUCGGUUUGGGAUGUCCAAUCCAAAGAUUCAUCGUCUCUCUUGUCGUCCAAAAUCACUGCAGAAAUGAUGGGGCAUUCCGGAUACAUUUCGUGUGUUCGCUUCGUGUCGGAUGAGCAGAUAAUAUCAUCUUCAGGCGACACAUCUGCAAUACUUUGGGAUCUUUCGCGUUCAAAGCCCAUUUUACGCUUUGAAGAGCAUGAUGGCGACGUGAUGUCUGUGGCUGUAGAUCUGCCGCAGUCCAUAGUUGUGACAGGUGCUUGCGACUCGUUCACUAAAGUAUGGGAUAUCCGCACGGGCCAUUGUGUCCGCACCUUUGCUGGUCAUGAGGCCGAUGUAAACUGCGUCAGAUUCUUUCCAGAUGCCAAUGUAAUUGCGACCGGAUCUGACGACUCUACUUGCAGGCUUUUUGACUUGCGCUAUGACGGCGAGAUCAGCAUUUUUUCCCACGCAAGCAUCGCCGGAGGCGUCACCUCGCUAGACUUUUCAUCGUCCGGAAGGAUUCUUUUUGCGGCGUAUGAUGACUUCAAUGUCUCUGCAUGGGAUACCCUUCGCGCUGAGAGGAUUUCUGUCAUUUCAGGCCAUCAGAAUCGCGUCUCUUCACUUGGCGUCUCUUCAGAUGGUUACGCACUGUGUACUGCAAGUUGGGACGGCAAUUUAAAGCUAUGGACACAGAAGCCAUGA